AUGUUGUCAUUCUGGCACUUUAAGAGGCUGCAAAACGGACAAGGACAUUCCAACUCGAACCACUUAGUGGUACCCCACAAAACCCAGACAUGCGCACCCGAGGAGGCCAACGUGGACGUGGAUGUGGACGUGGCCGUGGGCGUGCAGAAGCACCUGCAGAGCCGCCUGUCAUUGAACCGAAACCGACCGACAGUGCCAUUUGUUGGCGUUAACAUCGAGAAGGAGAAGAAAGACGCUCAAGCUGUGAAGCCUGCACCGAAGCCUCUCGAAAAGCCAGCGGAGAGCAGCGACAAGAAAAGCCUGUCCCAGGAGAAUGUCACUGGCCUGGGCCCUCUGGAGCGUCACUACACUAUAACCGAUACCGAUGAGGAGAGCAGUGAGGCGGACGAGGACGGGGUUGAGCAGCAGAAAUCCAGCAAAAGUAAAACCAAGCUAAAACCCGACAAUCGCUGUGCAAUUUGCGACAAGAAGUAUCAUAGCCUCAAGGACUGUCCAAAGCCACCGAACAUGAACGUUGCUCUGCAGUCAUAUUGGGAGCAGAUGGCCAUGCAGCAGAAGGCCAUGUUCAAUGUGGAGCAGCAACGCUUUGCCGUGCCAGCACUGUCAACCACCACACUCUCGUCCGCGCCUGGCAAGUCGAAGAAGGAGAAAAAGACUCCCAAGAAGACCAAGAAAACGCCACAGAAGAAAAUGAAGAUGUAAAAAUCUUCAAAAAUAAAAGCAAUGAU